AUUGUUCCUUGAGAAACACUAACUCACCGGAUAAUUCAAAAAAAAACAAAGUUAAAAAUAACUUGACCGAUAAUAAUGAUAAGAGAAAGCUAGGUAAUAAUAAAGAUAAACGUAAUAACAAUGACAAUAAUAAUAAUAAAGGAAAACAAAACAGCAUUAAUAAAAGAAAAACAGAAAAUAUUCCAAUUACAAUGCAUGAUAAGAUAUUAAGUUUGACCUAUAAUGAUUUAAGUAGGAAAUAUACAAAAGAACAAAUGAAAAAUAUAAUUGAUGCAUUACAAAAUAUUCCACCACGAAGAGGUUUGGAAAAUAUAUGGAAUCAUACACUUAAAACAGCUAACAUUGGAAGAAAGAAACUUGGAAAUGAAUUAAAGGCAUAUGAAAAAAAAUAUGGAGAAUGCUAUGAAUAUAGACCAAACUCUCGUGGAUAUUAUAAACCUGUAUUAAUAAAACAGCCAGAUGAAUUUAAUGAAAGAUUAAAAAUUCAUGCACAUGAUUAUACCAUUAUGUUUUAUGAACUAAUUGAUGGUGAUCAUACUCUUGAUGAUUUAAAAAAUUAUCUUAAUUCAUUUUUAGAAGGUUUUGAAAAUUUGAUGAAUUUACUUUUUAAUAAAUACAAAAUAAAAUUUCAGCAAAAAAAUAUGGAAAUACCUACAUUGGACACUAUUUAUGAUACAAAAAAUGAAGAUGACAAAGAAGAAGGUGAAAAUGAAGAUGACAAAGAAGAAGGUGAAAAUGAAGAUGACAAAGAAGAAGGUGAAAAUGAAGAUGACAAAGAAGGUAAAAAGGAAGAGGUAAAAAAAGGAGGUAAAAAGUAA